GUAACGAUAAUGUCAUUUGCAAACUUUAGACAGUUCAAAUUGUCGUAAAAAUUCUGCGACCACUGCGAAUUACCGUAAUGGCGAGGGCUUGCCAUCAAUGCGAGAAGAAGUGCGGUAAAAACGCGGGCGGCGUCGAUCCGACCGUUCUGAAGAAGCUCGAGGAGGGAUACGCAAAGUUGACGAGCUCGACCUCGAAGUCGCUUUUAAAGAAGCACCUGGCUCAGCCGAUCUUCGACAGGCUCAAGAACAAACGGACCUCCUUCGGUUCGACCCUACUCGACUGCAUACAGUCCGGAUUGGAGAAUCACGAUUCCGGCGUCGGCAUCUACGCGCCCGACGCCGAGGCGUACGACGUGUUCGCCGACAUCUUCGAUCCGAUCAUCGAGGAUUACCACAUGGGCUUCGCGAAGAAGGACCGGCACCCACCUUCGAAUUGGGGGGACGUAAGCCUGUUAGGGAAUGUGGAUCCCAAUGGAUGCUUCGUCGUGUCGACGAGGGUCAGGUGCGGAAGGUCGCUGGAGGGGUACCCGUUUAAUCCGUGCCUUACCGAAGGCCAGUACAAGGAGAUGGAACGGAAGGUGUCGAGCGCGCUCUCGAAUUUGAAAGGGGAAUACCAGGGGAAAUUCUACCCCUUAACCGGAAUGACGAAGACUGACCAACAGAAGCUGAUCGACGAUCACUUCUUGUUUAAGGAGGGCGAUCGCUUCCUUCAGGCGGCUAACGCGUGCAGAUUUUGGCCGACCGGCCGUGGGAUAUUCCACAAUGAUAACAAGACGUUCCUGGUGUGGUGCAACGAAGAGGAUCACCUCAGAAUUAUCUCCAUGCAGCAAGGGGGGGACUUGGGCGAAGUCUAUCGGCGUUUAAUCGGAGGCGUCGACCUGAUCGAAAAGUCGUUAAAGUUCUCGAGAAGUGACAGAUUAGGCUAUCUCACCUUCUGCCCCACUAAUUUAGGAACGACGAUCAGGGCCUCCGUUCACGUGAAGGUCCCGAAGUUGGCGAAGAAUUACGAGGAGCUCGAGGAGAUUGCGGGCCGCUUCAACCUGCAGGUGAGGGGGACGCGAGGCGAGCACACCGAGGCCGAAGGUGGAGUGUACGAUAUUUCGAAUAAGAGGCGGAUGGGUCUGACCGAAUUUGAGGCUGUCAAAGAGAUGCACGAUGGAAUCCUCGAGAUUAUCAAGCAAGAAGAGAGCAAAUGAGAAAGUGCGCCAUCUAGUAGAUUCUGUACGAAAUUUAUGUAAAUUACACAGCGUUGCGCGCCCCUUA